AUGGCCGCGGACCCAUGGACUCAACCCCAUACCCUCCCCAACCUGACCCCCAAAGAAGGCAUCCUCGACGCCAUCAACCGCAUAACCUGGGGCCUCGACCUACACGACCGCGCGCUCUUCAAAUCCGCCUUCAGCACCCAAGGCACCCCCAAACUGCACUUCCCCUUCCGCCAACUGGACCUCUCCGGGCGCGACGAAAUCUCGACGAAGUUCUUCAACGGCGUCAAAUAUCACGAGACGGAUCACCAGAUCAGCAAUGUCCGCAUUAGUUAUGAGGCCGGGAGGAAGGAGGCGAGGGUGUGGGCGAUGGGCCAGAAUCAGCAUCAUAAUAAGGGGGAGGCGCUGAAGACGAGGGUUGAGGGGCGGAUGACGGGUGCGAGGUAUGUGUUUGAUGUUGUGGAGGAUAGUGAUGAGGUUUGGAGGGUGAUGGAGUGGUGGGUGGAGAUAACGUGGGAAGGUGGCGAUCCGAGUGUCGUUGGGAAGGUGGAGUAG